UAUCUAUAUGUCUCCUACAUUUUUUAGGUUCAAAAUAGGGAUGAAAUAAUUAGAAAUCAAAAUGAAACAAUGGUUUUAAUGCAACAAGAGUUAGAAUCAUUGAAAGAAGGAGAAACAAGUAUGAAAUCAGAAAGAGAAAAAUAUAAUCAAAAUAUACAACAUUUAAAAAAUAGAAUAAACGAAUUGGAAGUUACCUUACAAAACUCUGAUGGUAGAGCUGAUAAUCUACAAAUGGCGGUGGAUUUAUAUAUGAAUUCGAUAAAUGUCCUUGAAGCAUCGCAAACCAAAUACGAAAUUGAGAUCGAUCAACAAAGAGCUACAAUUUCAAAUCUACAGAAAGCUUUGGUGGAUACAAAACAGGAACUUGACAGUACUAAGCAAAAAUGUGAAGAGAAUGAAGUGGAUAAACAAAAAGUUAUGAGUGGGUACACUUCUAUAAUGGCUGAUAUGGAACUUGAAAAAAAUAUACUUGAUAAACGAUUCAAUUAUAUACUUGAGGAAUAUGAGCGCUUACAAGAACUGAACCUUAAUGUGGAAAUAGAGCAUUGUAAUAGCUUGCAAGAUGUUGAUGGUCUUGAUAAUAAUCUUUUCAAAUAUCAACAUCUAUUGAAAGCAGCUGAGGAGGAAAAUAGGACAUUUAGAAGUAGUUUCAAUAAGGUGAAGAAACAGAAAAAAUGCUAUGAGGAAGUUAUUAUUUAUUUUAAACAUGAGAUGGGCUUGAUGUCGGAGCAAUUACAAAAUCUACAAGAAUUAUUGACACUGUCGAACAAUUCGGCUCACGAGGAGUCUUCGAAAUUGAUGCAGGCGUUUAUGAAUGUUCAGUCCCUGAAUCAACAACUUUCAACUCAGUUAAAUGCUGCUGAGCAAACAGUACUCCUCGAGAACCAGAUGAAUCAGCUUCACGAAGCGAAAAUAUCCGAACUAGAAAGAUUAGUUAGCGAAAAAGAAAUUGAUCUCGGUCGUCACGACCAAGCUAUUGCGAAUAUCAGACAUACAUUACAGUGUUCCUUGAAACAGAAUGAAGACUUACAUGCCACAAUUGUUUCAUUGAAUGAAACUAUCAUGAAAUUGCAAAAUGCUAUCAAGAACUAUGAGAUUGAUAAUGGUAAAUCGAGAGAAAUUGCCGAGAAUUGUCAAGCGCAAAUCAAUUCUUGCAAAGAGAAGCUGAUAGGAUUGAAAGAAGCACUAGAAAAGAAAACGGCUGAACUGUGUAAGCUAGAGAUGGCCUAUAACAAUCAAAAUCGAAUUUUGAAAUCUGCCCAGAUGGAGUUGAAUGAAAUGAAAGAAAAAGAAAAAAAUAAGCAGUGUCAUUUAAAAUGCAUAAUUGAAGAUAUGAAAGACAAACUAGCAAAGAGUGAAGAAAAAUAUAGGCAUGCAAGAGAGGAACUUCAUCAAUUGAAAACACAACUAGGCAUUGUGACGAGAAAAGAUACUGUCAAGGAAGUAGAAAUAAAACGAUAUAGAAAAAUAAUAGGGGACUUGAAAAAAACCCUAAUGGAUUUGAACAAGAACUUAAGUAAAAGAAAUAUUCAAUUCGAAAGUAAAUGCAACAAUGAUGAUUGUAGGAAAUACAUGGAACAGACUGGGGAGGAGACUGAUCAAGAUAUUUGUCUCAACUGCCCAUGUGAAGUUGAAUUUUAUCAAUCUAUUGUGGAAACGCUCAAGAAAUCGGUAAUAGAACUCAAAAAAAAAUUAACGGAAACUCAGAAAAGGAAUCAACAACUGGAAGAAGAAAGUAAACGCACACAAUUGCACUUAGCUCAGAUAUCGAAAUCUCAAAUGGAAAGAGAUCGAGAAUACAACGAUCUGAAACAGAAAUUAAUGCAAAAACUGAAGCAAGCAGAAAUGGAAGAAUCUCGCUACUUGGAACAAGCCAGCCAAUUCCAGAGAGAACUGGGAUCUCUCAGGCAGCAAUUGGAAUUAAAAACUUUGCAGCUGGACGAAUGUAAGAAAAGUGCGCAGGAAACAAACAGUUCCAGAUGUGUUCAGCUUGCGUGUGCACAGGAAGAAGUUAGCACUCUUAAAGAAGAUCUGAACAAGUUGCUUAGAAAACAUUGCGCGCUAAAUGUUGAG